AUGGCCCUCGUCGGUAUAGCCGCAGGGUCGGCAUAUCUAGAUGCCAAAUUUCACAUCACCAAAGAUCUCGACCAGCUAUCGCGAGCCAAGCAGGGUGAGCGUAACUUUGCAAGGGCGGUCGAACAAAAAAAGGCUUCCGGCUUCUUCCUCUUCGAAGCCGCCGCCCGCCGCCUCGGAAACGCGCCCUGUAUAUGGUCUCGCCAGGCCCAGUACACCUGGACGCAGACCUACGAGCGCGUGUGCCAGUACGGCCGCUACUUCCAGGCCCUAGGCGUCUCGCCCUCUCAGUAUGUCGGCGUCUACCUGUACAACUCGCCCGAGCUGCUCUUCGUGUGGAUGGGCCUCCUCUCCAUCGGCGCCGCCCCGGCCCUGGUCAACUACAACCUGGCCUCGGAUGCUUUGGUUCACUGUGUCCGUCUGGCGGGCACGUGGUUCCUCUUGUACGACGACGCCCAAGACUGCGUCUCGCGCAUGGAAGCCGCCGAUGCACAGCUAAGGGAGAUCGGCGUCGAGACCAUCAGGCUUUCGGGCUCUUUGAAGGCCGGCAUUGCCGGGAACGCGUUCCCUCUGACUGUGGCUCGCAACUAUCCCUCGGCGUCCCUGCUCCCAAAAACCUUUGGGCAGCGGCCAGGCCCAGAUGGUGACCGGACCUAUUAUUGCAUCCCUCUGUAUCACGGCACCGGAGGGAUCGCGGCGAUGAACGAUUUAAUGAGUGGCAUUUCCAUUGCCGUGGCUCCGAAAUUCUCACUGUCGCGGUUUUGGGAUGAUUGCAUACAAAGCAAGUCAACUGUGUUUGUCUAUGUCGGGGAGCUGGUGCGCUAUUUGCUCUCUGCCCCCCCUUCGCCAAACGACCGUAAACACCAGAUUCGGCUCAUUUGGGGAAACGGACUCGGUCCUGAGUUGUGGACCAAAUUCCAGGAACGCUUCGGCGUCUCGGACAUUGGCGAAUUCUACGCCAGCACCGAAGGCGUCCUCACGCUGGUAAAGCAUUACCGGAGCCCCGGAUUCGGCAUCGGCGCCGUAGGCCACCACGGCUGGCUCCUCCGUCGAAAAUUCCACAAGACGUACGUGCCGGUCCACAUCGACCCAGACACGGGGGACGUCUGGCGGUCACCAAAGACCGGCUUCGCGAAGCGCGUGCCGUACGACCAAGGGGGCGAGAUCCUCGUCAAGCUGCCGUCCCCCUCGGCCUGGGCCGGGUACUGGCAAGCCGAGGACGCGACGCAGAAGAAGCUGCUCAGGGACGUGUUCGAGAAGGGCGACGUCUACUUCCGGACGGGCGACGCGCUCCGCCGCGACGCCGACGGACACUGGCAUUUCUUGGACCGGCUCGGCGACACGUACCGCUGGAAAGGGGAGAACGUGUCCACCACGGAGGUGGCGCAGGUGCUGGGCUCCGAUGCGCGCGUCGCGGAGGCGAACGUUUACGGGGUGAAGAUCCCAGGCCACGAGGGCAGGGCUGGAUGCGUCGCUCUCGUUUGGAGGCAGGACGGGUUGGCGGCUUUGCUGAGGUCCAAGCUGCCCCCCUACGCCGUGCCGGUCUUCCUUCGUGUCCGGGACGGUGGCGUCGGCGGCAUGAGCACCGAUAAUCACAAGCAUAGUAAGGUGCCCCUUAGGGAGGAAGGGGUUGACCCUCGGGCCAGGGGUACGAAGGUCCCAGGCGGGGAGCGAGAUCUGUUCUUCUGGCUCCCCGCUGGGUCGUCCGAGUACGUCCCUUUCACGGAGAGUGAUUGGGAUAUGUUGGGCCAGGCUCGUGCAAGGCUCUAG